AUGUCAUGCAAUUCGUAUCCCUUUUCGUCUAGUAGGGAGGAUAGGAUAAUUAAUGUGCCUCUUGCCACCUCGAGUAUCGUUGCAAACUCCUUUCACUUGUUUUUCCAACCCGAAGAGCUCACUGGCAAUGACAUGUGGCUUUGUCCACGGUGCUCUUCCCUUCAGGAUAGUGCAAGAGAGACAGCUUUUAGUCAGUGUAACGAUUUGUUGAUUCUCCAACUGAAAAAAUUAACUUGUGUCGCGGGAAGAUCAGUAAAAAACAACCAACUUGUUAAUUGUAUCUCUCGCUGUGGCAACAUAUUGGAGGUACCUUUACAUCCUGCAGAUGAUGUAUCUUUUACCAACAAAUACAAACUAGUGGCAACUAUAAAUCAUUCAAGCACACUAGCAGCAGGUCAUUAUUGGGCAUUUAUUAAAGAUAGAAAUGUAGAUGCGUGA